AUGUCAUCCUCCGCGCUGACUGGCGAAGGCUCGACCACUGUUACCGAUAUAUCUAGUAUCUCUACCACGCAUGACACGCCUCGACCCAGCAUCGUUCCGCCUUCCUCCCUCACGCGAUCAUCUCCGACAUCAUCUCCCGCUCCUUCUUCUACAUCCCUACUGCUCGUGUAUCCAGGCCAUCCAUCAGCGUCGUACAGUACGACUGCGCUUGUACUUGUCACUCUUCCUCGCACCGCAUCCGAAACGAGCGUAACUCCUCCCGUCAGCUCGACCAGCAUCGCAUCGGCGACAUUCAUUCCAUCUUCGACUUCUUCUUCUCUCGUUGUGACUGGGGUACCGAUACAAGCCCUGCAGACAGCCGACCUUGGCCGUGCAUUAGGUGCAGGACUCGGGAUUGGCAUCUCGGCCUUCGUCGUUCUUGUCGGCCUUGCGGUAUUCUUCCUUAUACGUCUUCGUCGGAACCGACCACCGGCUUUCAAGUUCGAACCACUCUCGCAACCCGACGAGCGACAAAGUUCCCCUCCUCCGCCAUCACCUAUGCAUGCGGCUCUUAUCGAAGCUGCAGCUGUCGCCAGCCAGGCGCGCAGACCCUCCGAUGAGCAAGCUUCCUUCGCCGCCGCACCACAGCACAGUCAAGGAACGUCUCGGGCUCGUCAUACUCGCAACGGCUCAUCGACAUCGACAUUGCUCACGGCGCCCCUCCGCCAAGCUAAGCCAUCCGCCCGCUCGCGGCCAUCAGACAUGGAUGCCCCAAGAUACACCUCGGAUCCCUUCGCCGCAGAUAGUGGCUCACUUUAUGCGCAUGAAGAUGCCUAUUCCUUGGAAGAGAUACGAACCUCACCUGUUACGCCACCGCCUCCCGCCAGAAUCGCAACUCGCGUUGAGCAACCAGGGCACGCUCGCAAGGUCGCUUUUGCCUGA